AUGGCUAACAAAAAGAAGAAGACUGGGUCCCAUAAAUCUCAGUUGAAACAGCAAAAUUCUGAACUUCUUCAUGAUUUAACUGUUCUAGCAUUAGCGGCCCCUUCUUUGUCUCGUACUGUUCAUGCUACAGUGCAUCACAAUUCAAAUUUGAAUCACAGCCCGCCGAAUGCUUCAGCCCCUAAUCGUACCUGUACUGAUCAUCAUGUCAUCUCUUCCCCGCAUGGUUCAGAGCCUCAGCAUCACACUGAUCCAUCCCCCAGUAUUAACCAUGUUCUUGUCGAUGAUUGGUCUGAUGAAGAAGAUUUGGAAGACGAGGAAGUGGAUUUUGAUUCUUCUCCUGAGGAUUAUGCAGGGGGCUCUAAAUUUUUCACCUCUCCAGUGGUAUCGGUCCCACCUGUUCAUGUUGCAUCCUCACCAAGUGCUCAGCCAACCGCUGUUGGGUCCCCUGUAGUUGUCCAAUCCGUUGAUGUUGCUUCCCCUGUAUCUGGCCAGCCCGAUGUUGUUGUCAAGGCCACAUGCACCACGUCAGUUCCCACUAAUUCCAAGUCAGCUCCUGUGGAUCAUGUGGUAAGUGGUAAUUCCAACCACUCUGAGCCUUCUUCUAGCUCUUGGCGCAAUCUGUUUGUUUCUAAUCGUGACAAUACUCGUUGCCCUAAGCUCCUCCAUUAUUCUGCUUUAACUGAUACUCGAGGCUGUAAUUUAUUUGAUGAUGACUUAGACAUUAAAUGUGAUCUUUGGAAGCGUUGCCUUGUUGGUUAUAUUGCUGGCCGUUCACCAGGUUUUAAAGCUUUGCAGAAUCUCAUUGUCAACACAUGGCAAUGUGAGGCAUCCAUAACUAUCCACGAUUCUGGUUGGUUGAUUUUUACUUUUGACAAUGAUGCUGACAAAUCGCAUGUUUUAGAUGGGGGUCCUUAUUUAGUUUAUGGUAGGCCUCUCAUCCUUAAGCCAAUGACAGAGUAUUUUGAAUUCUCAUCUACAGAGAUGCACACUGUUCCGGUAUGGGUUAAAUUCCCUAAUCUCCCUCUUAAAUGUUGGUCACUCAAAUGCUUAUCAAAAAUAGCCAGUGUUCUUGGCAGACCUGUCCAAAGUGAUAUGUUUACUGCUUCUAUGGCCAGACUUUCCUAUGCCAGAGUAUUGGUUGAAGUAAACUUACUAUCUGAUCUGCCUUCCUCCAUUGAAGUUACUUUGCCGAAUGGCCACAUACUUCAUCAACAAGUUGUGUAUGAAACUCUCCCUCGUUUCUGCAAGCAUUGUAGAAAACUUGGGCAUUUAACUUCCACUUGCACCAACAUCCCGCCUUCUAAUAUUACAACAAAUCCAAAGACAUCUGUCUUUGUUGCCCCUGCUCCCACAGGCCGGAAUUCUGUUUGCAAUUGUCUAGAACCUCAACAAGGUCCUUCUGUGAAUGACAAGCCAGAGGUAAACUUGCCGAAUGCUUCUAUUCCCCAUUCAACUCCGAUUGAGACUGAGUUGGACACCAUGAGACAAGAUGCUACAUCUAAUCCUGAAGGAUGGGAAGUUGUUCAACGGAAAAAAGGGAGACGCAAGCACUCCCCCUCAAGGGUUUCUUUGAAAUCGCGUCAGGUGGACUCUCACCUAUCUCACAAAGCCACUCAUACGGUUCAGGAGGAAAGCCAACUUCAUCCCUCAUCACCUGUCAUUCACACCAUAUCAACACCCCCUCCUGAAGUGGAUUCUGGGACUACUCAUGGCAAAUCUGUGGUUGCUAUAAGCGCACCAGGUCAGUGCACAUCUUGUUCAAUUAGGAUGCCCAUAAGCAAACGAGCUCAGCAGCUCACCAAUGGUGUUUCUGGCAGGGCUUUGUCUAAAGUAUCUUCGAUGCAGCAAUUUCGGUUGAAGAAAUGGAAAGUUCAUUCCAAUGCAGAAGUAGCCUCAUCAGCUCGCAUUGUAGUUUUCUGGAACCCUGCUACUGUUCAUGUUGAAUUACUUGACGUUUCAGCUCAAGGUCUUCAUGUUCUUAUCUCUAGUCGGGUUCAUCAGUUCAGCAUUUAUGCCACCUUUGUUUAUGGUUUUAAUACUCUACUUGCUAGGAGAACUCUUUGGAGUGACUUGAGAAACUGGAAUCCCAAUUCCCCUUGGAUUAUUUUAGGCGACUUCAAUUCUGUUUUAUCUCAAGAUGACAAGCAUAAUGGGGAAGCAGUGUCCACUUACGAGACUGCGGACUUCAGGCAGUGUUGCUCCGAUCUGGGGCUAAUAGAUUUAAAUUAUUCUGGAUGCCACUACACUUGGUCCAACGGCAAGGUCUGGACCAAACUUGAUCGUGCUCUUGUUAAUUCACUUUGGUCUCCAGCUCAUGCCUCUGCUCACGUCCAUUUUGACAAUCCUGGUGCUUUCUCUGAUCACUCUCCUGUUACUAUCACUCUCCAGUCUAGGUCUUUUAUUGGUAAGAAGAGCUUCAAAUUCUUUAAUAUGUGGACUCACCAUGUCAGCUUCUCAGACUUGGUUGCAGCUAACUGGCAUCAUGAGUUUUAUGGGUCGCCUAUGUUCACCUUUUGUAAACGGCUCAAAGCUCUUAAAGGGCCUUUAAGAGAACUCAAUAGAUUGCACUACAGUCAUAUCUCUGCUAGGGUUGCUCGUGCAGAGGCAGCCUUAGACCACCAUCAAACUAUCUUCUCGAAUGACAGAGAUAAUCCUCAACUCCUCGCAGAGGAUAAGCUCCUUCAGCAACAGUUUCUUCAUCUCAAAGCAGCUGAACGUCAAUUUUUCUCUCAAAAGCUCAAAUUUACUUUUCUCAAAGAGUGUGACCAAGGCUCUUCUUUUUUUCAUGCACUAAUGAGCAGGAAGCAUUGGCAGAAUUAUAUUCCGGCAAUUCAUCGUAGUGAUGGCACUAUUACUACUUCUAUUGAUGAAGUGGGGACGGUGUUUGUUGAUUAUUUUAGCCACUUACUUGGCACAUCUAAAGACACCCUUCCUCUUGAUAGCUCUGUCAUUCAGCAUGGCCCUUGCCUGGAUGCUAACACUCACGCUUCUCUUCUUGCUCCAUUCACUGAUUUGGACAUCAAGAAUGUUCUAUUUGCUAUUGAUGAUGAUAAAGCUCCAGGGCCUGAUGGUUACUCAUCUUGUUUUUUCAAAAAGUCUUGGGAUGUUAUAGGUGGGGAUUUCUGCCGUGCAGUAAGGGAUUUCUUUGAGUCUGGCGCCAUGCUUAAGCAAAUCAAUCACUCUAUCAUUGCUUUAAUUCCUAAAUCUACCAACUCUUCUUUUGCCUCUGAUUUUCGUCCGAUUUCCUGCUGUAAUGUUAUAUAUAAGGUCAUUGCUAAGCUCCUUGCAGUGAGAUUAUCUCAUGCUCUCUCAAAUAUUAUUAGUCCUAUACAAAAUGCUUUUUUGGGUGGUCGACUUAUGGCUGACAAUAUUCAUUUGCUCCAAGAGCUUCUCCGAGAUUAUGAAAGGAAAAGAUCUUCUCCCCGUUGCUUGUUGAAGAUUGAUUUUAGAAAAGCCUUUGAUUCAGUUCAAUGGCCUUUCCUUCGACAGCUCUUGUUAAUGCUUGGUUUUCCCAACCACUUCGUUCACUUAAUUAUGCAGUGUGUUGAGACUGCUUCAUAUUCUAUAGCCGUUAAUGAUGAUGUGAUCCUACUUUCAAGAGGAGAUAGGCAAUCUGUUUCUACUCUUUUUUCGCAACUAGUUUCUUUUGGAGAGGUUUCCGGUCUAGAGAUUAAUGCCAACAAAUCCUUUAUAUUUUUUGGAGGAGUCACAGACAGCAUUAAGCAGCUCAUUCUCCAGGACACUGGCUUCGUUGAGGGAUCCUUCCCAUUUCGCUAUCUUGGCGUUCCCUUAAGCCCCCACCGUCUCCUAGCCAGUCAGUUCUCUCCCCUUCUCAACAAGAUUCACUCUACUAUUUAUGGUUGGCUGGGGAAGCAUCUUAGCUAUGCUGGGAGAGUGGAGCUUCUCAAAUCAGUCCUUUUUGGCAUGGUUCACUUUUGGUUGAAUAUAUUCCCUGUCCCCGAUACUGUUAUCAAGCAAAUCACGAGUCUCUGCCGAAAUUUCUUGUGGACUGGCAAUGUCUCUAGGAGUAAAUCUGCUUUGGUAGCUUGGCGUACAGUUUGUCUUCCUAAAGUUGAAGGUGGCCUAGGCUUGUUUGACAUAAAGGCUUGCAAUAACAGUUAUCUUGCCAAACACAUAUGGAACAUUCAUCUUAAAGCUGAUUCCAUUUGGAUUCAAUGGGUCCAUCAUUACUAUUUACAUUCUCACUCCAUUUGGAACACCGCAGCUUCCCCAACCUCCUCGCCUUUAUGGAAAUCCAUCAUCAUCCUACGUGAUAAUCUUGUUGAAAUGGGAGGUGGUCAAUCCAAUACUGUCUCUCUGAUGGCUCACUGGAGCACCUCUACAGGUCCUUUCACUGCUCAUGCUUAUGAUUUUCUUCGGGUUCGUAGCUCUCUUGUCCGGUGGAGAAACGUUGUCUGGGAGUCUUGGUCCAUGCCCAGAUACAAUUUUAUCCUGUGGUUGGCUGUUUUGGGAAGGCUUCGCACGCGAGAUAGACUCCACUUUCUCCAAACUGAUUCCUCUUGUGUCUUCUGCCAAGUGGAAGAAGAGAGUCAUAGCCAUUUGUUCUUUGGUUGCACUUGGACCUCUUCUCUUUGGCUUAAGAUCAAAAAUUGGCUUCGUAUAUCAAGGACCAUGUCUUCUCUGCUCAGUGCCAUUCGGGGUCUCUCAAGAAUCGGUAACAAUGCAGUUAGAAGAAUGAGGAGAGCCUCCCUUGGUAUUCUGCUGGUUAGCUUGGCUGGUAGUGGCGGGUUCUUCAAUUCAGCUUCGGAGGUGGAGGUGGUUGCUGUUAGUCCUGGCUGUCUUCACGUCGUUCUUGCAUGUUGGUCAAUAAGGGAGCCUGUUCCCUUUCUGAUCAUCUUUGCUUCUGAACCUGCUG